UGGCGUCUGUCUGCCUAUGUUUGAAAGCAGUUUGACGAGGCUGAAAAAGUCCGCGGGGAAGUUCCCUAGUAGGAAAUCCCCGCGCUGUUCAAGGGGGAUAUUAUUCGUGUCUGACUUGCCUCCUCCUCGGUUACAUGUCACAAGACUAGACGACUAUGAGGGACUGAUUAAAAACACCUCAAACAUUUUUGCCGUCAAUUUUGACCAAACUCGUUAACCAUGGACGCGGUUAGCUUGAGCACGGACACCGAGGUGUUACAGAGUAAACAGCGGAGUUACGACACGCUCAACACCUUGUACCACGAGACGCGACAGGAGAUGGAGUUGCUAAAUAAACAGCUUUAUGUUAAGGAUAACAUCAUAGCCGACCUGAAGACGAGGUUAGCCCGCUACGAGAGGACAUACAUGACCGUGGGCGAUAACGAGCCGGUGGUCUUGGGUCCGUCCAUGUCGUUGCUGGAGAACUUGUGUAAAGAAAUCUGUAAACAUAAACAAAAGAGGAGCGAGUUUGAACUUAAGACGACCAGACAAGCGGAGGAGAUCCAGACCCUCACAGCAGAGCUCAAAGCGAAGGAGCAGGAGCUGGAGAACGUCCGGUGUGAGCCCGGACAUGAAAAAGAUCAGGAGAUUCAGAGACUGCGCACAGCCCUGCAGGAGAAGGAGCAGUCAGAGGCUACCAGAGCAGUCCUGUGCACAUCCUUAGCUGAGGAGGCCGACCAGCUCCGUGGACAGCUGGGGGCCACUGUCAAGGUGUGCAAGGAGCUCCUGGCACGCCUGGAGAGAGGCCAGGAGAGGGUCCAGGAGAGGGGUCAAGAGAGGAGCCUGGAGAGGAGCCUGGAGAGGAGCCAGGAGAGGAGCCAGGAGAGGAGCCAGGAGAGGGGGCUGGAGAACGAAGAGCCAGAGAAGGAGGAGGAGGGCAAGCAGCAGACAGAGGAGAGAGAGAAGACAGACACCACAGAAGAGAUAAAGCGACUUCGGCAGGAGAACCAACAGCUAAAGCAGCGCGUGGCUUAUGUUCAAAGCCUAAACUCACAGUGGCAGAAGUAUGAUUCCAGUAGAGAGGACUAUAUUCGAGGCCUGUGCCAGAGGCUGAAGGAGAGUGCUGGCCAGGCUGUGGUACCAGGACUGGGCUCUGUUAGCUCCGCCAUGCUCCACCAGGAGAUUAGCCGCCUCAAUGGUCUUCUGAAGGACAAGAUCAUGGAGAGUGUGAGACUGAGCAGGGAGAUGGAGGACGCUAGGAGACAAGACAGAGAGAGGAUACAGAUGUUGGAGCAGCAGGUGUUGAUCUACACAGAGGACUUUAAAUCGGAGCGAGUUGACCGAGAGAGGGCACAAGGACAGAUACAGGAAAUGAAGGAGCAGAUCCGACAGCUAAAACAGAAGCUGCACAAACAGGGGGCAGUAGCACGGGAGACCAGAGACAGAGACCGGGAUAUAGUUCCUCUUUGUCGGGUUCACAUUGGACACCGAAUGGCUCCGAGACGAACCAAAGACACUGAGCAUCUGGUGAGGAACAAUGCAGACAGACAGCAGCAGCAGCAGCCUCCCCCUGGUGCCACUGCUCCACAGAACUCACCCUGGACCUCAGACCAGUCCGAGCUCCGAUGCCCACGCUGCCAGGCUCGAUUCAGUGACACGGAGGCGGCGCAGUACUUUGACCACUGGGAAGAAUGUGCCAGAAUAUGAGCAGGACUUUACUCAAACUACACACCUGAGAACAGUGAGGAAGUGCACUACGCAAACAUACCCUACUCCUUAUAACUGUGUGCCCUGCAGGCUUCCUUCCUACAUUAAUGUAGUGGAUGGAGUGGAGGAGACAUACACUCAAAAAUUCUAUUUUAGUCUAUUUAAAUAUAACCUGUGUAGCACUCUGAAUUGAGCUCUACAUGUCCUUCUGGAACUGCUCUUGCUACAAAAUAGUCUGUAUUUCCAGUAAAACAGGUUUAGCAUGUCUUGUGUGUUUGUGACUAAUAAUAAAUACACAUCUUAAUGUAGUUAUUUUUAAAACCAAGCCAGACAAAAUAUUUUGAAUCGUUCUCAUAGUAUCAGUUGGAAAUUAUUCUGGUGUGGGAUUAGAGGCUGUUAUAUUGAAAUUGACACUCAACCAAAAUACAGUAGGAUUUUAACUUUUACAGAUUUGUUUAAAGGGCCUAUAUUACGCUAUUUUCUGAUCUAUGUUAUAAUGUUGUUUCCUCAUCAGAAACAUAUUUGGAGUUUAUUUCAUUUAAGACACAAGCCCUGCAUAAGGCUAACUCCACCUUGUGAUGUCAUGAGGUAGCACAGUGCUCCACUGUGGUUUUUAACUCCACACACCUUCACUAGAUUUGGAGAAUUUUAGUCUUGGAAUUUCCAAUCUCUAUUGAACUAAAGGUAAAAGGCUGUUUAGCUGUAGCUGUUGAAAACUAUCGCUUCAUAACAUCACAAGGUGGGACAGAGCAUUUUGAGCUUUGGAGUAGACUACUAAAACUCAAACAUGUGUGAAUGAAACAAAACACAACUCCAGGGCAUGGUUAAAAGCUCGCAAGAGUCAAAUUCAAGUAAUAUAGGACUUUUAAGGACCAACAAAGACUGAGAUUACAAUUUAUCACUUGUUUCAAAAGCUCAUGAAACUGAAACCAGUAUGGAUUAUCAAGUACAAAAAAAACUUUGAUAUCACCUAGAUUGGUAGUAUUAGUAAUCACGACUUGGGAAAACAGGCUACACCCGAUGCCUUAACACAAGUAACUUAAUUAAGGCUGUAUGUUCCACCAUGAUAAAUCAAAGCCUUGAGUUGUUUGUACAUAGUGUGCGGGGGAAUGGGUGUGAAUGCAAUAUACCAAAUGUCAUAUACCUCAUUGUUUCCUAUUGCGACUCUUGCACUUUCAGUCACAUUCAGCCAUUGUACAGAGACUUAAAGUGCAUACGGCAGGUGUCCUAAUCAUUACUUUGUCUGGUGGUGGGAGGCAAGUGGCUGUCUGUGAAGAGAAACUGAAAAAAAGUUGAAAAUUAUAGGAAGCAAUUCUAAAAAGGAAUCCCUCGAUGUCGUCUAUACACAGUAUUCUAUCCAAAAUGCAGGAAUAAUUUACGCACAAAAAGCACAUCUACUUACAGUUUAAAUGUUUAAUAAUAGAUCUGAAGGUGUUGUCAUAUAUUUCAUCAGACUAAUCAUCACUAUGGUGUAAAUUAGACGAGCUAUGGCAGUAAGUUAUGGAUUUGCCUUUACACACUGCUGCCCAUGUCCAACCAAGAAGUAUAAUUACAAUUUUCAUUAAAGUUGUCAACCUAGGAAAGAAAUCUCAAAAUAUAAUGAUGACUAUGUUUUAGUAAAAUGAGUAGUCUAACCUGUCAUAUGCACUUUAAAAAAUAUAAGCUUCUACUUGUAUGUAUUGGGGUGCUAUGUAUAUUUGAUAACUUUUGUAAAUUAUAUAUAUAUUUUCAUAACAGAUUAUAUAUUGUAUUAAUUAUUUAUUUAGCUUAUUCUAAAAUAUUAACUUUAUUUGUGAUUGUUUACCUUUUCCUCUAAAGCCAUAUUACGUUGAAAUUGUCAAUAUAACUGGAAUAUAAAUAUGUUAAGAAGAACUGACAGACUUCACUUAGUUCGAGUGGUAUAUAUUUUUGUAAUAAAACUGAUUUAUUUGCCAA